UGUCGCUGGCUUCUAUUGAUCCACACUCCACACCGCACUCAGCACCGCAAGCCAUGGCCACCGCGCCGCCGCCCCGCCGCGUGGUGGUCUGCGGCGGCGGGGUCGUCGGAGCGUGCACGGCCUACUUCCUCGCCACCCACGCCACCGCGCCGACCGUCCCGACCCUCGUCGAGAAGUCGUCCCCGGCCUGCGCCGCCUCGGGCAAGGCCGGCGGCUUCCUCGCCCUCGACUGGUGCGACUCCACGCCGCCCCUCUCCGCGCUCGCCCGCGCCUCCUUCGCGCUCCACCGCCGCCUCGCCGCAUCCCUCGACGGCGCCUCCGCCUACGGCUUCCGCCCCGUCCACACCCUCUCCGUGUGCGUCCCCUCCGACGCCGGCCCCGCCUCCCCGCACCCGCCGCUGCUCCCUCCCUGGGUCGACCCCUCCGCGUCCGCCGCGCCGCCGCGGGAGCUCGGGACACCGGACACCACCGCGCAGGUCCACCCGGGCCUCUUCACCAGGGCCGUCCUCGCCGCGUCGGGCACCGAGGUGGUCGUCGGCGAGGUGGACCGCGUCGUCGUCCGGGAGGACGGCCGCGUCGCCGGCGUCGGUGUCAAGGGCCGCGGCGUGGUGGACGCCGACGCCGUGGUGCUCGCGCUCGGCCCCUGGUCGGGCAGGCUCGAGAUGAUCAGGGAGGUGUUCGACGUGUCCGGCCUCAAGGCGCACAGCAUCGUGCUCCGGCCGCGCGACCCCGACACUAUCACCCCGCACGCGCUGUUCCUCAGCUACCAGCCGGAGCCCGGCGCCAAGAUGCUCGACCCGGAGGUUUACCCGCGCCCCACCGGGGAGGUGUACAUUUGUGGAAUGACCAAGGAUGCGGAGGUGCCCGAUGAUCCGGCGACGAUCACCGGUGAGCCAGACUCAAUUGCAAUGCUGCACAAGAUCGCCGGGAGGGUAUCCAGCCAGCUGAAGAGGGAGGAAGGCGCGGAGGUGGUGGCAGAGCAGGCAUGCUACCUGCCGUGCACCAGUGACGGGCUGCCUGUGAUCGGGGAGAUGCCUGGGGUGAAGGGAUGCUAUGUCGCCACCGGGCACAACUGCUGGGGGAUCCUCAAUGCUCCAGCCACCGGUGCCGCGCUCGCAGAGCUCAUCCUCGAGGGCAAUGCCAAGAUUGUCGAUCUCGCGCCAUUCAGCCCAGCAAGGUUUCUCAAGAAGAGGAGUAAGCGUGGAGUUUAGAAUACACUGUGAUGAGUUGCUUGUUUGAUGCCAAGUCUACAUGAAUAAAUUUGAUCUGAGUUUGUUUGUAUCCUUUGUGAGGAGAGAACAAACAUGUACAAUGAUGAAUAAACCAUGAAGAACAUCUUCAAAUGCAGUCAACUGCAGAGAAUAAAUCCUGAACCGUCUCA